CUCUCUUUCUCUCUCUAUCUUCUCUCACUCAAAUCCAGCAACACUUCACUCUUGCCGUUCGUAACGAUACAUGCACGCUUUAUGUACACCGAUACAUAUGCAUGUAUGGUUUUAGAGGGAGAAAGUGGACGGUGACGCCUCCGAUUAUCUGCUUCGUGCUAUUGAACAGCUGCGAAGCUCCUUCCUCAAUUCCCAUCAAUUCCUAAUUUAUCUCUGUGCCGAAUCAAUUCUGCUUCUUCUACUGCUGUUUUAGGUGAUUCUUUUUCUGCUACCUCUAAAACUGGUUGCUCUUGAAUAAUCAAUUUAGCAACCACCAGAUGUCCUGUAGAGUUAUAUUCCAGCUCUGCUCCUCUGAUGAUUUGAGCUUAUCUUAUCAUGCGUGAUCAACACCAUGGGCUGCUUCCCUGUGAAUUAUUGGCUGUUGCUUUCAUGGAUUCUAUUGCUUUACAAUCUGGCAAAAGAGCUCGAAGCUCUCAGCCUCGAUGGUCAGGCUCUUGUCAGUUUUAGGACAGCGAUAAUUAGUCCAGAUGGUAUUCUGCAGCAGUGGAGACCAGAGGAUGAAGACCCAUGCAGGUGGAGGGGAGUAAGAUGCGACUUGAAGUCAAAGAGAGUAACAGCCUUGAUCCUUUCGAACCACAAAUUGAGUGGACCUAUAUCCGCUGACAUUGGAAAAUUAGAAAACCUGCAACUUCUAGCUCUUCAUGACAACAAUUUUUAUGGGGCAAUCCCUCCAGAACUUGGGAACUGUACACAGCUGCAGUCCAUGUAUUUACAAGGUAACUACUUUAGUGGACCAAUUCCAAGCGAGCUUGGGAAUCUGUCUCAGCUUGAAAAUUUGGAUGUCUCGAGCAAUUCUCUUAGUGGAACAAUUCCUGCUUCACUUGGAAAUCUGAACAAGCUUUCAAGUUUCAAUGUUUCAACAAAUUUUCUUGUGGGGCCUAUACCUUCUGAGGGUAUUCUUGCAAACUUCCAGACUAAUUCCUUCGUAGGAAACCGGGGGUUGUGUGGCAAGCAAAUCCAAGUAUGCAGGAGUAAUGCUAGUGGUUCUUCCUCGACUUCACACCCUACAGAUUCAGCUCCAUUCCAAGCCAAGAAGAAAUAUUCGGGGAGGCUUCUUAUCAGUGCACUGGCCACCAUGGGUGCCUUGCUUCUGAUAGCCCUCAUGUGCUUCUGGGGUUGUUUUCUGUAUAAGAAGCUUGGUAAAAACGACCGAAAAGGCCUUGCUGUGGAUGUUGGUGAAGGAACCUCAGUUGUCAUAUUUCAUGGAGACCUGCCCUAUUCUUCAAAGGACAUCAUCAAAAAAUUGGAGACUUUAAAUGAAGAGCAUGUAAUUGGUGCGGGCGGAUUUGGUACUGUUUACAAGCUCACAAUGGAUGAUGGCAAUGUGUUUUCCUUAAAAAGGAUUUCAAAGGUCAAUGGAGGCUUUAAUCGCUUUUUUGAGAGAGAGCUAGAAAUACUUGGAAGCAUCAAACACAGAUACCUUGUGAACCUACGAGGAUACUGCAACUCCCCAACAUCACAAUUGUUAAUAUAUGAUUUUUUAUCAGGAGGCAGCCUUGAUGAAGCACUACAGGAGAGAGCGGAACAACUUGACUGGGAGACACGAUUAAAUAUUAUUAUGGGAGCUGCAAAGGGCCUAGCCUACCUGCAUCAUGAUUGUUCACCUAGAAUAAUUCACCGUGACAUAAAGUCAAGCAACAUUUUGCUUGAUGGAAAUUUUGAUGCUAGAGUUUCUGACUUCGGAUUGGCUAAACUAUUGAAGGACGAGGAAUCCCACAUCACAACCAUUGUUGCUGGGACAUUUGGUUAUCUGGCUCCAGAGUACAUGCAGAGUGGUAGAGCUACUCAAAAGUCUGAUGUUUAUAGUUUUGGUGUUCUCUUGCUUGAAAUUGUGAGUGGAAAGCGGCCUACAGAUGCAUCUUUCAUCGAAAAGGGCCUUAACAUUGUCGGAUGGUUAAAUUUUCUGGCUUCCGAGGACAGACGGCGAGAAAUAGUCGAUCUACAGUGUGAAAGAGUGCAGGCCGAAAGCUUCGAUGCCCUACUUGCAGUCGCCGCCCAAUGUGUUUCUUCAUGCCCCGAGGAUCGUCCCACAAUGCAGCAAGUAGUUCAAAUUCUUGAAUCUGAAAUCAUGACUCCGUGCCCUAGUGAUUUCUACGACUCGAGCUCCGACUGAGGCUAUUGAUCCAUGUGGAACCAAGAGAGAUCGACCAACUCCAUCAACCGCACCACCUUGCAGCAAAGAUCGGAAGCAACAUGAAGAUAGAAACCAAAUGUUUAUUCAUUCCUUUUGUGAUCGAAUAUGAUUUGAGUGACCGAUCUGCCAUUUCCGCUUUCCGAUUCUUCUGCUUUUGGUGUUGAUAGUUAGCUCUGACCGUCAGCUAUAUCCCUGUUGCCGAUGUCUUCUUUUCGUUGUAAUCCUCAGACUCAAUUGUAUAUGAAAUGGUUUAACUUAAAUCUACAGUCUCUACAAAUUGAAGGAUCUUUAUUGUUGAUUAUGGUUUCAUGUGUAAUAUUACUUGUAAUUUAUGGAGUAUGUAUGAGUAUCUAGUGUUGAGAGUUUUUGGUUAUGUAA